AAUGUUGUAAACUUGGUCGAUAAUAUUUCCUUAGCAUUCGCACUUCUGACUUCCUCCAUCCUCUAUAAAAAAAAAACCCUAAUAACCCAAAUUAAGCCGGCCAUUUCCGAAUCUUGUACCUCAGAAGCAGUGCAAUGGGUACCCCAAAGUUGAUGCCUUUUUUCAUCCUUGUAAUCUUCCACACAAUGCUUUCUUACGGCUCGGGUUCGAAUUCGGAUCAUAUUUAUCCAUCUGGGAAAGGAAUCAGAGCAGCCUAUUUUCCAUCAUCUAAUUCGUUCUCACCAUCCUCUAUAGACACCCAAUACUUCACCCACAUCUACUAUGCUUUCCUCCAACCCGAAUCCACCACUUACAAACUCAACGUCACCGAAUUCGACCAAGCGAGAAUACCCGAAUUCAUCAAAGCGCUCCGGAGCAAAAACCCGCCUGUCACAACACUCCUGUCCAUGGGAGGCGGCGGUAACAAUGCAACCGUGUUUGCACUCAUGGUUUCCACCCAGGCGACCCGGGAAGUUUUCAUCAACUCAACAAUUCAGGUGGCACGGAAAUAUGGCUUCCAAGGGGUUGACUUGGAUUGGGAGUUUCCUAAAGAUGCCCUGGAAAUGUCAAAUCUUGCCUUGUUGUACAAGGAAUGGAGAAAGGCUCUGGAUAAUGAGGCUAGAGUUUGCGGUAAACCCCGUUUACUUUUAACCUCCGCGGUAUAUUACGCAUCGAAAUUUACUUUUUACGGCGGUCCGAGAUCGUAUCCGGCCGGGGCAAUAAGUAAAUAUUUGGAUUGGGCCAGCCCAAUGUGCUUUGAUUAUCAUGGGUCAUGGGAAAAUUUCACCGGGAUGAAUGCUGCGUUGGAUGAUUCCAAGAGUAAUAUUAGUACUCAUUAUGGAAUCGGGUCAUGGAUCGAAGCCGGUGUCCCGUCCAAAAAGCUCGUCAUGGGUCUGCCUUUGUACGGGCGGACUUGGACGCUCAAGGACUCGAAAGUGAACGGAAUCGGGGCACCGGCUUUGGGUAUGGGCCCUGGGGAUGGUGUUUUGGUUUAUCACCAAAUACUUCAUUUUAACAACAGAACCAACGCAACUGUUGUGUAUGAUACCGAAUCAGCGUCUUACUAUUCUUAUUCGGGUAGCUCUUGGGUCGGGUAUGAUGGUGUCCGGUCCGCGAACAUGAAGGUCCGGUUCGCCAAGUCGUUGGGCUUGGGCGGAUACUUUUUUUGGGCUCUGGGCCAGGACAAUGAAUGGGCCAUAUCAAAACAAGCUUCUAAUGCUUGGAAAUACUGAGGAUUUAUUUUUAAGGGAAUAUGAAUGCGCCAAAUCCCGAGCUUCGUGGUAUAUUCUCUAUUAGUAUCCAUCUCAUUACGCAUCGAGACAAUGUUAUCAACUCCACAAGUAAUAAAAUACAUUUAUUUGUAUAA